UUCACUAAAGUAAAACAAAAAUAAAAGAGACAACGAGAAAGCCACAGAUAUUAUGAACACAUUUGACCCAGUUAACUAACACUGUGGUAGAUUUGAUCUAGUUAUAAAGAACCAUCUUUGUACAUGAUGCCAUGUUGAGUGUAUGUGUUUCUCUGGCCUGUCUAUUUGUGUGAUUCGCUUCUGAUGCUUGCUGUGGUUUUCCGGAGAGCAACUUCUGCAAAAUGACAUGUAUGUAAGUAAAAGUCAAAGUACUCAGACAGACCUGUGUAGUCUGUCUAGAGAUUCUGGAUAUUCACACUGUUCAGCUUCGUCAUGGCUGGACACCUGCUGUUAGUCGUCCUCAUGUAUUCAUUUUCUGAGAAUAAAGCUCAAGUCCCUCUUCCACCUACACUGACAGUGAAUCCACCGGUGAUCACAGACAGUGACUCAGUCACAUUGAACUGUCAGACUCCAUCGUCUGUUUCUGCGUCUCAUUGUUAUUUCCGCUUUGUGAGAGAAGGACCUGCCAAAAGCUUCUCUUGUCUGAAGACAAUGACGGGGACUGAGCUGCUGUUGCUGACACAUCAGACUUUACCUGCUGAGGUUAAAGUGAUAUGUUUUUACUUUGAUGUUUAUCAAUCUCAAGAGAGUAACAUGUCCUCCAUCAUCAUCCAAAAUCCUCAGCCUACACUUACAGUGAAUCCACCGGUGAUCACAGACAGAGACUCAGUCACAUUGAACUGUCAGACUCCAUCAUCUGUUUCUGUGUCUCAGUGUUAUUUCCGCUUCGUGAGAGAAGAACCUGCCAAAAGCUUCUCUUGUCUGAAGACACUGUCGGGGACUGAGCUGCUGUUGCUGACACAUCAGACUUCACCUGCUGAGGUUAAAGUGACAUGUUUUUACCUUGAUGGUGAUCAAUCUCAAGAGAGUAUCAUGUCCUCCAUCAUCAUACAAAAUCCUCAGCCUAAACUGACAGUGAAUCCACUGGUGAUCACAGAGACAGACUCAGUGACAUUGAGCUGUCAGACUCCAUCAUCUGUUUCUGUGUCUCAGUGUCUUUUCUACACUGUGAAGGAACAAAAUACCAGAGUUACCUCUUGUCUGAAGACACUUACAGGAACUGAGCUGCUGAACAUGGCCCAUCAGAGUUCACCUGCUGUGGUUGAAGUAACAUGUUAUUAUACUGCUGAGCACAGAGGAGGACAAUAUCAGUCUCCACACAGUAACAUAUCCUCCAUCACCAUACAAACCCUUCCUCCACCUACGCUGACAGCGUAUCCACCGAUGAUCAGAGAGACAGACUCAGUCACAUUGAACUGUCAGACUCCAUCAUCUGUUUCUGCGUCUCACUGUUAUUACAUCACAGUGAAAGGACAAACUCUUAAUGCCCUUUCUUGUCUGACGACACUGACGGGAGCUGAGCUGCUGCACACAACACAUCAGAGUUCACCUGCUGAGGUUAAACUGACAUGUUAUUACAGGGUAAAGGUGUUCAGUGUUACAUCUCCACAUAGCAACAUAUUCUCCAUCACCAUAAACAAUGCUGUGAAAAUAGAGUCAAGCACAAUGCAAAGUACGCCAUCAUCUACUAAAGCCACAGAAACUGUUGCUGGAGAGACUACCACAGCUGGUAUAGGUGCUAACAAAACUGUGACUCCAGCAUCAAAAGACAAUAUUACAGAAACCAUUGCUAGAGAGGCUACCACAGUUGUUAUAGGUGCUAACAAAACUGUGACUCCAGCAUCAAAAGACAAAAUUACAGGAAACAAAGAAAUAUGGAUAUGGAAGGUGGCAAUAGCUGUGACUGGUUUAGGAGUAACUGUGGGUAUCAUCUUACUCGGACUUCUCUGCACCAAAACAAGAAGUGGAAAACGCUUUUAUGGGAGAUCACAGGCCGGUACCACAGAUGACACUUUACACAUGAGAAGCGCUGAUGGAAGAUCGUUACCUGCACAUAAUAAUAAAGAAGGCUACAGUAUGGUUAGCUCUGUACCUGGUGCUGAUGGUCCUUCAGGUUCUGAGAAUCUGAACAGUCGGGAUCCCAAAAAUGAGAAUUCUGACACAUACCAUGUGUACGCCACCAUCUCUGAGGAGCCACCUGCAUCAGCCCUAAAUAUAACUGCGUACAGCACCCUGCAGUCACACUGACAUGCUAAUUUUUUAUACACUGUGGACAAAGAAGAAGAAGCAGACAACCCAAAAGAACUAUUAAAAAGUUAAACCUUAAGGCUGGACCUGCCAGACUAGUAUUAUCUUGGCCAGUGCUAGACUUCUGUUAUUUGUUACCCUGUAAACCCUGGUCUCUGGUGUCAAAGCCCUGAGCUUUGAAAACCCAGUCAUCCACCUGGAUUUCCUUGCUUCGACUUGUUUCCACUAAGGCUGUCACAAUUCCUCAAGUGGAACAAAUGUUGUCAGUGACUGUUAUCCAUGCAGAAACCAUGUUUUCUCCAGAAUAUGUAGGACACUGAGUGGCAUGUAAUAAGGACAACAUACUUUAUUUUGUACUUUGUAUUUUUUAGAUUUCUUAAUUUUUUUUUUCUGCUUAACUUUCAACAUAUUUUUUGUAAUUGGACGUACCAGGUGCAAUAAAAAAGUUCAUAGACUGU